AUGACCUCGGACAUUGAUCGUUGGGAAUUUCCAUCCAAUCUCCUGCGUCUCUCCAAACAAAUCCUCGCUAGCAUGACAGGAACCCAAUCUCCAGUCAAGCAAACAUUCCUACUCAGUCCCACUCCCUCGGAAGAAAGCUUCCGUCCAGACUCUCCUAUACUUCAACCUUUUUAUGGAGGAGAUGCCCUGAGAACUGCCAACACGUCAGACAUCUCCUUGUAUUCACCCUCCACUUCAACAGGUAGUAUUCGGGAAAAUGAUCGAGGAACUUGGCGAUCUGCAGAUGCAAGGAUGAGCGAUAUUCUUCCAGAUGAUGUCGAUCUCUAUGCCGAGCCCGAGCCGCAUGUACAUGAGGAGAUUACCGAGACACAUGGUAGACAGCAUCAGUCCGUAACAGAGGAAGAUCCAAUCUUUGGCCCAGAAGUUAAGACUAGGUUGCAAACGAUCAACGAGGAUGAUUUUCCAUACUAUCCUUUGCCCUCGCACGCUUCGCUACCCAUAGUCCCUGUGCAUGAGGAAACGAAGACAGUUGUAAACAAUGAUGCGCGACCACUGGUGAGGAGAGGAGUAAGGGCAAUGAGGCUGAGAAAGUAUCUGAAGUGCGUGUUUCGAAACUAUGGAAUUAAGAGGGGUAAUUAG